AUGGCUCGACUCAACGACCCUCCACCACCCGUGGAAUCCGUGGAAAACCUGAAGAGGCGCUUCACUCGCCAAAACCGAGAUAUAGUACGCAACAACUCGGCCCAAGCAAUCCGAAUCAGAAACCUUGAAACAGAAGUCGCACGUCUACUAGCAGAGAAUUUGUCCCUACGUCAGGCUCUAAUCACCGAGAGCGAAGAAGUCUCGCGCCUGAAGAGGAGGGAUUUUGUCAGUGGCGAGCUACUUGCUCUGAAAUCAGACCUGGAGCAGAAGCUUGCCCAGGUGAGCGGCAUCGUGGCAGAAUUGGGAAGACUACCGGAGAGGGUGCGCAGCAAGGAACAGGCCGUGAGAAGACUUACAGUGGCGGAGGAGCCAUCGAGCACACCCACGAAGGAAUUAUGGGAGCGAAGACGUAUGAUGAUGCCCAGCUUCGCGGAUCAAGAUGGCCACCUUCCUGCGAUUGUUGAGGGCAAGUCGUUCCCUCGUUUGACCUUGGAUCCGACGGAUAUACAAUGUUUUUCUGAGACCGGUUCAGGUGCUCCUGCUGAAUCUCCAGACCUCGGACCACCACCUGUGUCUCACUUUGAAGCAGCUGACGCAAUGGAAAGCACUCCGAAUGAGACGGCUGCAGGAGAGGAAGACUCGACUGACCCGACUACAACAGUCAACGUGGAGAGGCGUCGCAAACGGCGCACAAGCAGUCUGAUCUCAGACAUGGAAGUCACCAAUCACCAAGCACAUGAUCAUGCGGACUCUGAUACUGCGUCCGCGACAGAGACCUCCAGGCCGAGCUCGAAGAGAAAGUUUGAUGCAUCUGAGUUGCAACCGACGACGAAAUCGGCAGUCGAAUCGAGAGCGGAGCAAGAGACCUUCGUCUACCAACGCAAACCCGCGCUCAAACCCGCUUCUGCUGCAAGGAAAAGCAGUAGAUUCACGAGACCUUCCGAUCGACAGAACUCCCAGUCAGCAUCACACCACAUAUCGUCACCAGAAAAGGAGCGAAAGGCCCUCGCCCCGAAGAACGUCAAUUCUCCUACGAAGAAAGUUCUGGAGGCUAAGCCGUCCGCUAAAGGCUCGACUGAGCCUGCUAGCCCUGUCAAGCGCCUGGAUUCGAGCCUCAGCAGUAGACGCCGCAGAGAACAGAAAUCAUCAACCACAACUGAGCGACCACCAACGCGAGGAAAAUCCUUGACCGAGCAUGUCUCCACGGAUAGCCUGUCGGAUCGACAAACACAAGUUUCGGUGCUAGCUGAACCGGAUACCGAUUCCCACUCCGAUCAUGUUCACGAGGUCGAUGUGCUCCCCAAAACGCCACUCCUGCCUGACGAUAUCUUGUCACCACCAUCUUCACAGCCGUCUGGGCCAUCGAACACCAGAGCCCUGAAGGAAGCUGUCAUCAUGAACAGCGUCGAAGAUGUGCUUAAUGGGAGCAUCGGCCGUGCUUCACGGCGCGCAAAAGCCGCUGUGUCAUAUGCUGAGCCCAAUCUGAGGGACAAGAUGCGUCGGCCUGGCAAAGAAUUUGUUGGAGCUGUUGAGGGUUACGAUCGCAAGAAGCGAGACGGUAGCCUUGGUCUGGAUGAACAACAGGCACAAAGCACAUUCGCGGAAACCGGACUUUCGUCACAGCAACCAAGAUGGUCAAACUCAGGGGCUCACAUCGAGGAGCCCCGCAGCCCACUCCGGGAGAAGCAGGCUGCCAACGAGAGGCGAAGAAGAGAAACGAUAGACAUACAGACCUGGGCACAAGGUGAACCACAGCCCAGCUUGCGAGAAGCAGAUUCCGGAUUUGCGCCAUUGGAGAAUAGCAUCCACGGCCUAAGUAUCUUCGACCACCCUGUGUCGUCACCUUCCCAUCCCGACAACUCUAACAAUGCGUCGGUGAUAGAAGUCCAGCCACCGUCAUCAAACUCAGCGACAGUCCGACGAAAGACAGGCAGCCGAUUAUCCACAUCAUCCUCAACGCCAUCGCUGUCCUCUGGGACUUCAACUGCAGGUCGGCGUCACUCGCUGCAACCCUCCAGCUCUGCGUCCUCCAAAGCAGUCUCUGAUCGCGUGGCCCUGAAGUGCACGGCCUCGCGCCAGGCCUCUGCUGCCAGCAUCUACAGGCCGUCAUCAGCAACUGGUGACCGUACCGAUGCCGCCCAGGAACGUAGCCGAGAUCGUGACAGCUCCAAGUCUUCUGCAGUCCUGAAGCGCGCCUCUUCUGCUGCUCUUCUCAGUCAUCGUCGGACGGCUAGCGAUGUCUCUCGGCGAUCUACCAGUUUCACCAGUGUCGACAGUAAUGUCAGCAACAGUGAUGUCGAGAGCGGUUCAGAUUACGAGCCCACACACCUCAGUGGUGCUGGUGACGGAACCGACGCGAGUGCAAUCCGACCUACAAGACGGCGAAGCAUGAUGGUGUAG